AUGAAAUGGAACAUUGUUAUCCUUAGUAGUUCAAUAGUAUCAUCAGAUUGGUUAGAAUCCUUUGCAUGUUUAACUGCUACACAAAUUCAUGAUGAAUUAACUACUGCUUAUGGACAAGGUGUUGUUUCAUAUCGUACAGUUGCUCAUUGGAUUCAUCGAUUUUCAAGUGGACGGGAGUCGUUAGAAGAUGAUUCUCGAAGUGAUCGUCCAAUAGCCAUCAUUACUCAACAAAAUAUUGAUGCUGUUAAAGACCUGGUGCAAGAUGAUCCUCAUAUUAGUACUGAUUAUACUGCUGACAUCUUAGAUAUAUCACAUGGUAGUGUGUAUAUCAUUCUCAAGGAACACCUAAAGUUAAAAAAAAUAUCGUCAAGAUGGGUACCUCAUAAACUCACUCCAACACAACAACAACGACAUAUGAAUGAUAUCGUUUUUAAAUAUCUUCAAGAAGAAAAAAUCAAAGUUAUGGCUCAUCCACCAUACUCACCAGAUCUUGCUUCUUCAGACUUUUGGUUGUUCAGACUUUUGGUUGUUCAGUUGUCUGAAACGUAG